AUUGACUGACACAUGUAUUUUCUCUUCUGAAUAGGGCAUAUCAAUGAUACUCAAAAUGGCCCUCAAGAUGACUCUUCAGGUGAUGACAUCCAGGUUGAUGUUGGUGAGGUGCCGGUGUUGCAGCUCCCUAGAGCUAAUGUUGGUGCAGCUCGUGUCGGUCAGGUGCGAAGACGACAUCAAGUUCAAGGGCAUAUCAAUGAUACUCAAAAUGGCCCUCAAGAUGACUCUUCAGGUGAUGACAUCCAGGUUGAUGUUGGUGAGGUGCCGGUGUUGCAGCUCCCUAGAGCUAAUGUUGGUGCAGCUCGUGUCGGUCAGGUGCGAAGACGACAUCAAGUUCAAGGGCAUAUCAAUGAUACUCAAAAUGGCCCUCAAGAUGACUCUUCAGGUGAUGACAUCCAGGUUGAUGUUGGUGCGGUGCCGGUGUUGCAGCUCCCUAGAGCUAAUGUUGGUGCAGCUCGUGUCGGUCAGGUGCAAAGACGACAUCAAGUUCAAGGUAAGGUGA